AUGGCCGUGUUUGUGGACUUGGGCGAGGACGACAAUGAGUCUCCUCAAGACGGCCAGCCGGUGUGGAACGGCCCAAUUGACGCCCUCAAGCCAGUACCGGUAUCGGCGGCAGGUUUAAAUCUUCCUGGCGAUGGAGGCAUCGGCGCCGGCAAUGCUACGUGGGAGGAACGCGAGAAGGCUCACGGGCUCGCUGCUAGAGAGAAUCCCAACCAGAACUCCAUGACACAGGCCUUGGGAUGCUAUCCUUUUAGUUCUGCCAAGGGCAACUUUGCUGACUCGAUGACCAGCAUCGCCAUGUCGAUUGCCGCUUCCAUUGACCUCAAUACGCUCGAUAACCUGUCGCGGACCUGCCGCCAGAUCCGCCAGGGGUUGCUGCAGUACCGCACAAUGCUGCUCGUCUCAACCAUGCAUUGCAUCAACGCGCAGGCCCCCGUCGACCCGGAAGACACAUUUAGAUACCGGGCCCGGGCUAGCAACUGGUAUUACAUGCAGGAUGCGGGCAGAUCGAGCUAUAAUGGCAAGUCGGGCCGGUGUGCUCGAGACAUGGUGGCCGGGUGUCGGCGGUGCGGCGUCGUGGUUUGUAGGAACUGUGCUAUAAAACCUCCGGCGCCUAUCGUGUUGCGGGACCGUCACCGGCGUCUCUGCGGGCCAUGCGUGGCAGCACCCCUUGGCUCGCUGGUCAAGCCGCGGCUCGGGCCAGAGAUUCGGAUUGAUUCCGACGACAUGGAACGGGCGAUCUGCGGGUGCGGUUCUGGAGGUGUCUGGCUUUGCCAGCCCUGUGGGAGGUCCAUCCGCGGCGAUGACUCCGAAUACAGGGGCAUCUGGCGAUGGCGGAACCAAUACACCCAGAUUCACGGCGGUCUUGGCACGGGCAUCGGUGAAGGCGACCGCGGCGUCAUCUGCGGGCGCGAGACUGAGUGCUGCGCGGCGCGGGAGCGCGAGCAGGAGAUGGACGGUGACGCCGAGGACGCGCGCGAUGCUGAGUACUUCCAGCUGGCCGCGGCGACCCCGCCCAGUGGUGGCAGCAGCACUGGCACGCCAUCCCUGGCGCCUUGGACGGCUGCCAUGAGCGGGGCCGGCAGUAGCUCGGCCAGCCUUAGUAGCCUGGUCAGCUCGUCUGGCGCAUCGGUUCAGGACAGGAGAACGCCCAGCCCUGCCAUAAAACCGGGGUAUGAGAGACACGAGGUGGAGGGGAUUGGCGGGGUCAUGAAGAAUAUGCGGGUGCGGAUGGUGAAGGUGGGCGCGUGCGUGCCCGAGUGGGAUGAUGAGCGGGCGAGGGGGGAGAUCCUGGGGCGCGAGGUUCAGGGGAAGCGCCGGAGUUGGUGUGGUUGGUGUCGGCGGGUCAUCCCGUCAUGCAAGGACUAUGAAAUGGAUAGACAGGCGGAUAGAAAGGGGAAGGGCAAGGCCAAGGAGGGUUCGGAAGGGUGA